CAGCGCCGGAGAGCUCACUUAAACGGCUGGGUGUGGAUUAAUACUGGCCGCUUUUCCUAACAGCACCGGCUGAGUGUCACUCCUACCACCCUGUCAUUUACCCCUGGGGUAAUACAGUUAAUGCAUUAAGGCCCAUAUGCGAGGAGUUCAGUAACCAGCUCCACAUUACUGCUGUAAUUAUCUGUCCUUUUUUUCUGGCAUCGUUGCAAUACGUCUGAGAGGACCGAAAUGCUGAGCAGACUUUUUCGACUCCACGGCCUGUUUGUGGCCUCCCACCCCUGGGAGGUGAUUGUGGCUACUGUGACUCUCACCAUCUGCAUGAUGUCCAUGAACAUGUUCACUGGCAAUAACCGCAUUUGUGGUUGGAACUUUGACUGCCCCAAGUAUGAGGAGCAAGUCCUCAGCAGUGACAUCAUCAUUCUGACAAUCACACGAUGCAUUGCAAUUGUCUACAUUUACUUCCAAUUUCAAAAUCUUCGGCAGCUUGGAUCAAAGUAUAUACUGGGUAUUGCUGGCCUUUUCACCAUCUUCUCCAGUUUUGUGUUUAGCACUGUUGUGAUUCAUUUCUUGGAUAAGGAGCUGACUGGUUUAAAUGAGGCAUUGCCAUUCUUCCUGCUACUGAUUGACCUCUCCAAAGCAUGUGCGCUGGCAAAAUUUGCACUCAGUUCAAACUCACAGGAUGAGGUUAGAGAAAACAUAGCCAGAGGAAUGGCAGUACUGGGUCCAACGUUCACUCUGGAUGCGCUGGUGGAGUGUCUAGUAAUUGGUGUAGGGACCAUGUCAGGUGUUCGCCAGCUUGAGAUCAUGUGCGGCUUUGGAUGCAUGUCUAUCCUUGCCAACUACUUUGUCUUCAUGACUUUCUUCCCAGCCUGUGUCUCAUUAGUGCUUGAGUUAUCCAGGGAAAGCAGAGAGGGACAUCCUAUCUGGCAGCUGAGCCACUUCGCCCGUGUCCUGGAGGAAGAGGAGGACAACAAACCCAAUCCGGUCACACAGAGAGUCAAGAUGAUCAUGUCUCUUGGCCUGGUGAUGGUUCACGCUCACAGUCGAUGGAUUGCAGAUCCUGCAUCUCCAAACGGAACUCUGGAUGUUCCUCAAGUGGGAAUGAGUUUAAAUUCACCCAAGAGGAUUGAGCCGGAUAUGCCCUUGUGGCAGUUCUACCUGUCCAGAAUGAUCAGCAUGGACAUUGAGCAGGUCAUCACGUUAGGUCUUGCCCUCUUCCUGGCUGUGAAGUACAUCUUCUUUGAGCAGGUGGAAAUGGAGUCUACGCUGUCUCUUAAAGUCUCUACUCCCACCACCGUGCUCACACAGAGAAGGUGUCCUGACCAGUGCUGCAGGAAGGAAGUGACCCCCUGCUCUAACAAGACUGAGAAGCCCACUGCUCCUCCUCCUGUCAUCACUAAAGAGGAAAGAGAUUUAGUGAUAAAGCCAUUGCCUAUCAAGACUGACCCAACUCCAAAAAGCAUGUUUGUGGUGGGAGAGGAGGAAACCUUGGACAGUAGUGUUUUGGUGGAGCCUCAGCCCAGCAUCCCCUCAGAGCCCAGGCCAGUGGAAAAGUGUUUGACCAUUCUGAAAGACCCACAGAUGGGUGCUCGAUACCUGAGUGAUGCUGAGGUUAUUAUGUUAGUAAAUGCAAAGCACAUUCCUGCCUAUAAGCUGGAGGCGGUGAUGGAGAGCCCAGAGAGAGGGGUGAUGAUCCGCAGGAAGAUGCUCCGCCCCAAACUCCCCAAGACUUCUGCACUCACAUGCCUUCCCUACAAAGACUACAACUACUCUCAGGUCAUGGGAACUUGCUGUGAGAACAUCAUUGGUUACAUGCCGGUUCCAGUGGGUGUUGCAGGCCCUCUGUUGUUGGAUGGAAAGCAGUUCCAGGUCCCACUGGCUACAACCGAGGGCUGUCUUGUGGCUAGCACGAAUCGAGGCUGCAGAGCGAUAGCUCUGGCUGGUGGAGUCAGCAGCAGGCUUUUGGCUGAUGGUAUGACCCGUGGCCCUGUGGUUCGCUUACCUUCUGCCUGCAAGGCUGCUGAGGUCAAGGCAUGGCUAGAGACCCCAGAGGGCUACAAGUGCAUUAAAGAGGCAUUUGACAACACUAGCAGGUUUGCUCGUUUAGAGAAGCUCCUGAUUGGCCUUGCUUCACGUAAUCUGUAUAUACGAUUCCAGUCCCAAACUGGAGAUGCCAUGGGGAUGAACAUGAUCUCAAAGGGAACAGAGCAGGCUCUGGCUAGGCUUAAAGAAGAAUUCCCUGAGCUGCAGGUCUUGGCAGUUAGUGGGAACUACUGCACUGAUAAAAAACCAGCUGCUAUUAACUGGAUUGAGGGCAGGGGCAAGUCUGUGGUGUGUGAAGCUACCAUACCUGCUCAAGUUGUCAGAGAGGUUUUAAAGACUAGUACGGAAGCACUGGUGGAUCUAAAUAUCAAUAAAAACCUUGUGGGUUCUGCCAUGGCAGGAAGUAUUGGGGGCUACAAUGCUCAUGCCGCCAACAUCGUUGCUGCUAUUUACAUCGCAUGUGGACAGGACCCGGCUCAGACAGUGGGCAGCUCUAACUGUAUCACUCUAAUGGAGGCAGCAGGACCCACAGGAGAGGAUCUUUACAUCAGCUGCACCAUGCCUUCCAUUGAGCUGGGCACUGUAGGAGGAGGCACCAAUCUGGCACCUCAACAAGCCUGUCUGCAGAUGUUAGGCGUGCAAGGUGCCAGUGAGACGUGUCCUGGUGAGAAUGCCCGGCAGCUUGCCAGGGUGGUGUGUGCCACCGUGCUGGCAGGGGAGAUAUCACUCAUGGCUGCUCUUGCUGCCGGACAGCUAGUCAAAAGUCACAUGACACAUAAUAGGUCAAAAGUAAAUUUACAAGGCACACCAGGAAGCUGCACAAAACAAGCAUCUUAGGACUUAACUGGAUGCCUAAAAUGGGGAUAAUAUAAGCAACACUAAAGGAAAAAGACUCAAAAGGAAAAAACCCCACACUUCAGGCACAUUUGAGUACUUUUACUAUUAAGUAAAAGUCAAAUGAAUGGCUGAAACAAAAAUAUUUCCAACAUCCAGUCCAGGGGAGAAACGCUUUCAUUCUCAUUUACGGAGUGCCACAAUCAUCUCAAAGACUGUUGAAAUCACAACAUUAAUGAUCACUGUGUAAUGUUCGAACAUUUUACUUUUACACAUCUUAGAACUGAUGGUGUUUCUGAUGCCAUCAGUGUUAUUGGAUGCACAUAACGUAAUUUAUUUUUUUCAUAUUUCACUAUUUAUAGAAAAAACCAUGAGGCAUAUUUUUUGUUAUACAGAAUGUCAACUGGCCAACAUGGAGAGCAAUCACCAAUUCCUACAGAUUUUUCUUUUUAGAAUUAUCUUAAAUUGACAAAUUGAGCCUUCUGCAGUUAUUCCCAGUUACUUUUAUCUGAAUGCAUGUGGGUUUUACAGAUAUAGAAACUGAUAUUAUUUAAUUACUGAUAUAUUGAUUAUUAUUAAUAUAUGCAAGGGUUUGGUUGAAGGGAAGAUUGCGAACACACAACUAUUUCCCAAAGGUGCUAUAAUGGCCUUACUGACGUCAGUCAGCUAUUGCUUGUGCGUGGAAAUACAGCAAGAACUGUGAAUGUGCACUGUACAUGUACAAUAAUACACACCACCUUAUGUACUGCCCAUGCACAUGGAGCUUUUAUUGCUUACUGGCUUUGCUUAUGUGGUCAAACUAAUUGUGAAAGAAGCACGUACUACUGUUCAUGCAGUCUUUUUCAAAUGCUGCACCCCCACCCCCCCAAAUAUAUGAUUCAUUUUUCUAGAAAAACACAAGAUAAUGAACAGUUAUAUGUUUUUAUAAUUAAAACAUGAAAGGGAAAUUUUUAAUAAACUCUGGGAAAAAAAAUUCAA